UCCCUGCUCAUGUGUCAGUGCAGUGUCUACUGAAAGCAGAGGAGAGCAGGGCUUUUGAAGAGGACAGAAAGAAUUCAUGCAUAGGCAUCGAAAUUCAGGCCAUGGAACUGACGUUGAAGGGUUUCACUCUGAAGGUGGUGAAUAUUCCAUGGAGGAAUAAUAACCUGAGCACUCUGCAUACAGAGCCGCCUCUGUCCGAGCAAGGACAGACCAUCAUUGGAGUCUACCUGUUAGUGUUGGGAUGGCUGUCCUGGUUUGGAAACAGUUUAGUGAUGUUUGUCCUGUACAGGCAGCGGGCCACACUUCAACCAACAGAUUUACUCACUUUAAACCUUGCGAUCUCUGAUGCCAGCAUUUCGGUAUUCGGCUACUCCAGGGGAAUCCUAGAAAUAUUCAAUAUCUUCAAGGACGAUGGGUAUUUGAUCACCUGGAUCUGGACCUGCCAGGUAGAUGGCUUCCUCACGUUGCUCUUCGGCCUUGCGAGCAUCAACACCUUAACGGUGAUCAGCAUCACCAGAUACAUUAAGGGAUGCCACCCAAACAAAGCUCACUGUAUCAGCAUCAACACAAUUGCUGUGUCACUAAUCUGCAUUUGGACUGGAGGAGUAUUUUGGUCUGUCGCUCCACUCCUGGGCUGGGGCAGCUAUACGGAUCGCAGUUAUGGAACCUGCGAGGUGGACUGGUCCAAAGCCAAUUACUCCACCAUUUACAAGUCCUACAUCAUAUCCAUCCUCAUCUUCUGCUUUUUCAUCCCGGUGAUGAUCAUGUUCUUCUCCUACAUCUCCAUUAUCAACACGGUGAAAACCACUAAUGCCAUGUCAGCUGACGGUUACCUCACCACCCGCCAAAGGAAGAUGGAGCGGGAUGUCACAAGGAUUUCAAUUGUAAUCUGCACUGCUUUCAUCCUGGCCUGGUCGCCAUAUGCAGUGGUGUCUAUGUGGUCAGCCUGGGGCUUCCAUGUGCCAAGCACAACCAGCAUCAUCACCCGCCUGUUUGCCAAGUCUGCCAGCUUCUACAACCCGCUCAUCUACUUCAGCAUGAGCUCCAAAUUCCGCAAGGAUGUUUCCAUACUUCUGCCAUGCACACAAGAGCACAGCGAGGUGGUGCACUUGCAAAACAUCAAACCCAAAGCUGAGGCUCCACCCCCACCUGAAUCACUUCCUGCCCAGAAGCUGGAAGUGAAAAACACAGCAGGAGAGCUGAACCAAUCCGAGCCGGACAGCGACUCAGGGGUCAACAGCCCUCCUCAGACUCCUCCGUCUGACGCACAGGUCUUCCACAUCGAUGUGCCCUCUCACACUGAAACAUCAGAGUACUGGUGUGACAGACUCUGAAGACUGUUUCCAUUUCACUUCAACCAAUACUUGAAUUACACGGGGAGAUUGGGAGUAUUUAUUUAUUUUUGUAUUUUAUGGUCUCAUCCGUGUAAACUGUGUGUGCAACCAGUCUUAAUAAAUUAUUUGAUGAAUCUCAAGUAGAAUUUCA